UUGUAUGCUGCUGCUGUGCUUUUCUAGUGGUGAAUGGCAGCCAGGUGAUCUUGAUUCAAAUUAGUGAUCAAAAGUAGGGACGGUAACGACCGCUCUGCUUGAAGCAAGUUUUAAUAAGCAAAAAUUAAACUAAAGCGAAAGAUGAAGUGCACAAAUAUGAAGCAGUAUUUAAAAGCGAUUGUUGUAUUAUGCCUGCAAAUAUCGAUCGUGACGCUACCCAUGGUCAAUGCAAUGAAGUUAACACAAAAGUUCAAAUGGCGCGAAGUGGAGUUCGAUUGGCCGUCACAGGAAACAAAACAGGAAGCGAUUAGAUCCGGUAAAUACGUAACAUCAAACAAUUUGCCGCUUGGAUUAGAAAGAUGGAGAGACAAAUUAUUCAUCACGGUACCAAGAUGGAAAUCAGGAGUGGCAGCUUCUUUAAAUUGGGUGAACAUAACUGACACUGAAUCACCAAUUUUACACCCCUAUCCUAGCUGGGAAGCCAACCAACUACCCGAGGAAUCAAACACGGAUGCACCCAAAUCAGAGACCACAACAAAAUCGGAUAGUGCUUCGAAACAGCUAAACAACAACGGAACCAUUAUAUCGACUUUCAGAGUUUCGGCAGAUGAAUGUGAUCGUUUGUGGGUGAUGGAUACUGGCUUGGCUGAUAUCCUUGGUGUUCCGGUUCAGUAUGCUGCACCAUCGCUUGUUGUGUUUGAUUUGUACACAGACAAACUCAUUAGACGACAUUAUUUUCCGGAUUCAUUGCUUAAGGAAGACUCUUUUUUUGCAAAUGUGAUAAUCGAUACUGAACGAGGAGAUUGUGAUAAUGCUUUCGCAUACGUACCCGAUCUUGGAGGAUAUCAAGUGAUUGUUUAUUCGUUCGGUGAUGAUAAGUCAUGGAGAGUGAAGCACAACUUCUUCCACUUUGAUCCGUUGGCGGGUGACUAUAAUAUUGGGGGCGUCAAUUUCCAGUGGACGGAUGGUGUAUUCGGAAUGGCUGUGGGUAAAAAAGGCCACGAUGGUUCUCGACCGGUAUUCUUCCAUGCUUUCUCCAGUACCAAAGAGUUUAUGGUGUCCAAUCGGAUUUUACAAAAUGAAACUUACUCGCAAAGCUCAGAUUCUUACUAUGAUUAUAAAUUGAUGGGGGAUCGCGGUCCGAAUUCGCAAUCCUCAGCAGAAUCUUAUGAUCCGGAAACUGGAGUUGUUUUUUAUACCCAAGUCAACAAAGACGGAGUCGGUUGUUGGAAUACUGCUAAACCAUUGAAUCCAGAUACACAAGGAUUAGUUGAUUCCGAUAGCGAUGCACUCGUCUUUCCCAAUGAUCUUAAAGUCGACAAUGAAGGAAAUGUGUGGGUUUUGUCCGAUAGACUACCAUUGUUUAUUUUUACUUCACUUGACCCAGAGCAAUACAAUUAUCGAAUCUUAACCGGCCGAAUAAGCGAGCUUAUUAAGGGUACUCCUUGUGAUGCUUAUUGAGAAAAUUGCAUUUCAGAAAAGAUUUUCAUUUAUUUAAGCAAUAAUAUAGGCCAACACGGCAAUCAAAAGUCCUAGGAUCGAAAAUCACAUUUCAUGAAUUAUUUGAUUUUAACAUUUUAAAAGCAAAUAUUUAGAAUAUAGAAAAAAGACCAACAAACCUUGAAGAAAAUAUUUUACCAACAAACUAAGCUGAAAACAAU